CGCACUUCCUCCCGGCGUCCCCCGCGGCGGGAAAGAGUCGAGCGGGCUCGAGGCCGACGCGACUAACCUCUUCGCCGUCGCCGCUUCUGCUGUCGCCGUCUUGCGAGAAACUGUUGCGGCCGCCCCCGCUGGCCACCAUGUCCGCCCAGGCGCAGAUGAGGGCCCUGCUGGACCAACUCAUGGGCACGGCUCGGGACGGUUCAGUGUAUCUUUGCCUGCCUACAUCAAUCUGCAAGGGAGUUGCAGAAAAGCCUCAUGUUCAUCGAGCCGUGAGUCACAACCAAUUUCUAAGCUGUUAUAACAAAAAAGUGUUUGCUUUUUUUCACAAGUAACUUUAAAAGUGUAGUUUAGAAAGAAAACAUUUUCAAUAAAAAAAGACACUACAUUAAUCCUGGAUGCUUGCAAAUCCUAAAAUAUAUUCCUCCUUGACUUAUUACACAAUUCUGUGUCCUAUACACAGAUUAGCUUUAAAAUUUGUCACAUACCACUUUGCCUUUGCUUUUAUGUAUCAUUCCCCCUGACUUCCUUACUGCAGGUGUGGGCAAGAAAACUUUUCCUUUAAAACUUUUCAACAGCGGGCAUAAAAUUCUGCAGCUGAGUUCUUGAAGAAUGCAGAUGGGUACAGUAUGUGUUGCAGCUCACAGUGUGUAUUGACUAACCUAGUUCCUUCUUGCUUUUUUGGUAUUGUCUUGUUAAAAGUGACUCCCUGGUGCCAACUUUCUUUUUUAAGGGUGGGAAUGAAAGGGCCAUAGGAAGAAUACAUCUAGAUUAUUUAAUAGUCAGUGAUAGAGUUUGAAGGCUUUCUUCUUCAUGUAAUUUUGGGCAAAACAUCAUCUAUGCAUUUGUUCAUACAAAGAUUAGAUUAAUAAGUAGCUUUCGUUGGUGGAAAUUACCAGCUAUAAGUCAUACGUGGUGAUUCAUGGCACUCUGAUAACAUGGGUUUUGGUAUCAUGUACACGUAGCCCACUUGUAUAUGUUGGGCUAGUGGCCUUUGGUGCUCAGCCUUUUACUUUUGACUCCUUGACUUUGGCACAAUGAUGGAGUCAGAUCUCAUUAAGUGUGAUUCUUCAAGAUAUACUUAACCUCAGAAAAAUCUGUAUUCCAUUCAUGUUGUAAAUUAUUUUUAGAUCAGCUUUUCAGUGUAUGUGAUGGGGUGAACACAGAAAUGAUAGUCUGCAAAUCAUCCAGAUGAAUUGUUGUACCAGAUACCCUAUUGUGCUUAACAUGAUAAUACUGUCUUAUUUAAAACCACAAAUGAAUUUCAGGAGAUGAAACCAGACAGAGGGUCAAGUUUACAGAUGACCGUGUCUGCAAGAGUCACCUUCUGGACUGCUGCCCCCAUGAUAUCCUGGCUGGGACGCGGAUGGAUUUAGGAGAAUGUACCAAAAUCCAUGACUUGGCCCUCCGAGCAGAUUACGAGAUUGCAAGUAAAGAAAGAGAUCUGUUUUUUGAAUUGGACGCAAUGGAUCACUUGGAAUCCUUCAUUGCAGAAUGUGAUCGGAGGACUGAGCUUGCCAAGAAAAGGCUGGCAGAAACACAGGAGGAAAUCAGUGCAGAAGUUUCUGCAAAGGCAGAAAAAGUACAUGAGUUGAAUGAAGAAAUAGGAAAACUUCUUGCUAAAGCUGAGCAGCUAGGAGCUGAAGGAAAUGUGGAUGAAUCCCAGAAGAUUCUUAUGGAAGUGGAGAAAGUUCGUGCGAAGAAAAAAGAAGCUGAGGAAGAAUACAGAAAUUCCAUGCCUGCAUCCAGUUUUCAACAGCAAAAGCUGCGUGUCUGUGAAGUCUGUUCAGCCUACCUUGGUCUUCAUGACAACGACCGUCGUUUGGCAGACCACUUCGGGGGCAAGUUACACUUGGGGUUCAUUCAGAUCCGAGAGAAACUUGAUCAGCUGAGGAAAACUGUGGCUGAAAAGCAGGAGAAAAGAAAUCAAGACCGCUUGAGGAGAAGAGAGGAGCGAGAGCGGGAGGAGCGGCUGAGCAGGAGAUCUGGAUCAAGAACUAGAGAUCGAAGAAGGUCACGCUCCCGGGAUCGGCGUCGGAGGCGGUCAAGAUCUGCCUCCCGAGAGCGACGGAAGUUAUCCCGGUCACGGUCCCGAGAUAGACAUCGGCGCCACCGCAGCCGUUCCCGGAGCCACAGCCGGGGUCACCGCCGGGCUUCCAGGGACAGGAGUGCGAAAUACAAGUAACUACUCUGACUCCUUCAGUAGCUGCAGCCAGGAGUUCUCCAGGGAACGACCAUCUAGAGAGGAGUCCUGGGAGUGUGGGCGGAGUGAGCGAGGAUCCACUGACUGGAGGCUGGAGAGCUCCAAUGGGAAGACUACUUCACGGAAGUCAGAGGAAAAGGAGGCUGGUGAAAUCUGAAUCCAGGCUCUAGCGCUGUAAAUAGUCUGACAAACGCUCAGCACAGCCUAAAAUUACCCUUUAUAUUUGCUGAAUACAACUCAUCUUUUGUAGUUUAAAAUUUCUAUUGUUUGGCACUAGCUGUGAGUUUCUAGAGUUUAAGUACAGAGUUCCUCCUGUGUUUAGGGUUAUGUUGCAUAGGAAUAAAUAAACCUGGGGGCUGACAGCUGCACGGGGUCUGCUG